GCAUGCAACCAAUAUGUUAGGGCAGGGACGUGAGGGGGAGAAGAAGGACGCGGUCCUAUACAUAUUUAAUGACUUUUUGUUAUUUUAAUUUUGUCGCUUUUUGCAUAGAGCUGGCAUACAUGGCACUUGGUAGUUGGUUUUGUUUCCGAUUCUCAUUGCUAAAAUAAUAUCCAGGUAGACAUGUGUAUUAUCUCAGGUGUUGUACUUCACUUCGUAGAGAGUUUACUCAAGACUUGAGUUAUUUUCGAAUUUGUUACACCAUGGACCUACUGGUUACACCAUGGAUGGCUUCAUGGAUGGACCUACUAUACUACUCUGGAUGACCACAUAUUCCUAAAUGUAUGAUAUACCGUUACACAUGACUCGUUUUGUCCGAAUUCAUAGCGAAUUAUAACAAGAUGACCUUCAAUUGAACACUGUUUGGUCAGUAGUUCACGCAUACAAUGGGUAGUACAUGUAGUAGUUGACCAAAAUAACACGUGGGAACAGUGCUGCCGUAGAUGCCCGCUGCGUGACCUGUCUGGCCUCGUAUACAGAGAGAGAGUGAAUUAUCCUUGGAAUUAUCUCUCGCGGCAGGCAUCGGUAUAGAUCAUAGUCCCAUUAUAUUCCUGAGCAUACAUACUCGUAUUCAGCUGAGCUGAAGCGCUGUCAUCACGCUUUUCGGGCUCGAACCGUGACUCACAAAACACCUUGAAGACCCUUCACGUCGACAUCCACAGCGAGAAGUGCAAUGGCUCCAGACAGCACCUCCGCAGACCAAGCGGAUACGGGUCCCGGUGGAGAUGUACCUCCUGCAGCCUCUUCGGAAACACCGAAUCAGACCAUGACGGACAUUCGAGAAGGAGGAGAACCAGAGGUUGUCCUCAAGAGGAAAGUCGGAAUCUUUGGUUGUAUAGCCAUGGUGGUCGGCAUCAUCAUAGGCUCGGGAAUUUUCGUAUCGCCGCAGGUCAUUCUAGUAUACACAGACGGUGUCAUCGGCUACUCUUUCCUCGCCUGGAUCAUAUGCGGUCUCUUCUCCAGCCUCGGAGCCCUGUGCUUCGUGGAGCUCUCGACCACCAUCCCGUUGUCCGGGGGCGACUUCGCCUACAUCCUUCAAGCAUGGGGCCCGUUCGUGGCCUUCAUCCGGAUGUGGAUGAGUCUGUUCAUCAGCUACCCCGGCGAAUACGCCAUCAUCAUCCUCAUCGCGUCUCAGUACCUCGUCAGCCCGUUCUUGGCCAACUGCGAUGACCUUCCACAAGUGGCCAUCCAGCUUUUUACCAUGGUCAUUCUUUGUGCGAUUUACUAUCUCAACUGCGUGAGUGUUCGAUGGACGACACGGGUUCAGGUGUUCUUUACUGCAGCUAAGGUAUCGGGUUUGGUGAUUAUCAUCCUUGGUGGUGUCGUCCAGCUUUGCAGAGGAAAAACUGAGCACUUUGCCAAUGCCUUCUCUGGUUAUGAUAACCCAACAAGCUUCCCAUUGGCUCUCAAUGCAGGCAUAUUUGCAUUUUCAGGAUGGCAAUAUCUUAUGUUCAUUACAGAGGAAGUGCAGAGACCUGCAAGGAAUAUUCCUCUAGGUGUUAUCAUCUCUAUGAUCCUUGUGACGUCCAUCUAUCUCUUGACCAAUGUUAGUUACCUGACUGUCCUGAGCCCUCCUGAAAUCAUCAAUUCAAAUGCAGUAGCAGUGGAUUUUGCUAAGCGAUUGUUCCCGGUGUUUGCCUGGAUCAUGUCAAUAUUUGUGGCUCUGUCUUGCACUGGUACCGUCAAUGGCGCUCUCUUUGGCAGCUCAAGAAUCCUGUACGUGGCCGGCCGUGAAGGUUUGAUGCCAAAGCUCAUGUCAAUGAUUCAUGUACGUAAGAAGACACCUCUGCCUGCUGCCAUCUUCACACUACCAAUCGCCAUCUUGAUGGUGUUGAACAAUGACAUAUUCCUCCUCCUCAACUUUGUGGCUUUCAUCGAGUGGAUCAUGAACUUCCUGGCUGUAGCCAUCAUCCCCUACUACCGAUGGAAACAUCCGGACCUGCCACGGCCUUUCAAGGUUCCCAUUGUUGUACCAAUCAUUUACAUGCUUGGAGUACUCUUUGUUCUUGGGAUGGCUUUGUAUGCAUCCCCGAGGGAUUGUGGUCUAGGAAUCGUUGCUGCAGCAUCCGGGAUACCAGUCUACUUGAUAGGAGUCUGGUGGAAGAACAAACCACCCGCGUUCCAGAAUGCCAUCGACAAGACAACGUUAUUUCUCCAGAAGUUGUUACUGGUUGUUAGUCCGGAGCCGCAAACAAAAUCAGAAUGAGACUGUUUCAAGACAGCAGCUGGACAGUGGUCCCAUGUCAUGCAUUUACAUGUUGGCAACAGAAUGCCAAGUCCGGAUGAACAUGUGGUCCCAUAUAAUGUAUUUAUAUGUUGGCAACAGAAUGCCAAGUCAUGAUCAAGGUAUGGUCCCAUAUCAUGUAUUUAGGUGUAGGCAACAGAAUGCAAAGUAAUGAUGAAUAUGUGGUCCCAUAUCAUGUAUUAAUGGAGAGAAUAUUUUGUUUCUUGCAACAAGACUGUAAGUUAGUCCCAUAUUAUUUCAAUUAAUAUGUAUUAAUGCUGGCGUAUGCAUUGCUCAUACACUCUUUAUCCAAAGCCACAGCUUAGGAAACCAUGCUGGGUUUGUGUUUUGAUGAAACUGGACUCUUCCUGCAUGAACAGUCCAAUCAGCAGACGUUAAUUUCAGAGCAGCAAAUUCACCAGGUACCUCAGGUGUACCCUUUACUGGCCCCAGGGCUUCAAAGAUUAAAACGAAAAGGUCUAAAAUAUUUUCAUAAGGCAUUCUCUGAAUCUGUAAUGGGUACUUAAAGACUUUUAAGACCCGCAUCCAACUGCAUCCACGUGGAAGGACACCUGCUCUCUCUAAGCCAAUGGAAUUAUGUCAAGGUUUAUGGUGGUGAUUUUGUUAAACCUGAUUGCUAUAAAGAAAGCAUGAAUGCUUGUAAGCAAGCAACCAGAGGACCAACAUCUUAAGGUCCCGUCCGAGGGACCUGGUAUGAGGAUUUUACUGCCUUACCAAUGGGCACUAGCGCACCAAGUGGGAAUCGAACCCAGGUCACCGCGUAAUCAGAAACCUCCGCUCUACUGACUGACUGAGCUAUCGUGCCUCCUCUUUAUUAGCGAGAGGAUAAAUGUUUUACAUGACCAGGGGCCCGUUGCAGAAUGAGUUGCGUUUAAACGCAAGUCAAAAAAUCAAUCGCAAGUCCCAAAUGCGCGCUGUUGAUUGGUUGAAAAUCAAGUUGCGCAUGAUUUUUAGAGUUGCGAUUGAUAGCAACUCUUUCUGCAACGGGCCUCUGCUGACAUAGCCAGAUCUGCUGUAAAGCCCUGCUGAUUGUCAGAACGACUCGCUGAAACUUAUCACACUAAAAUCUAUUGGGUUUUUUUUGAACUGUGAAAAAACAUUACAUUCAGACUUCUCACUGACUCACAAAUUGAUAUCCUCCAUUUGUUUGUGUGCUAUUGAGGAAGGCGUACAUGGCAGUUGUGCAUUGCAACGGUGCAACCUUUUAUCUUGUGCUGCAGUUCAAUUUAAAGUAUUUUGAAGAAGUUCAGAGAAAUCACAAGCCUCAUAUGAGCCCCGUGAGGCUCGUAUGAUUUUUUUAAACUUGUUUGUCCCUAAAUUGUGUAAUUUAGGUAAUGACUAUUGCUGUUAAAGCCGUGCUUCCAAUUUAUAAUGGCCUUGUAAGUCAAUGACUGGUGGUAAUAAGAUUUAUUUACACAUUUGUAAUUAUUCUUUUAAGAAAUAUUGGUCAGUGAUGAUAAAGAAUGAUGUAGGAGAAGAAUGAAGAGAGAGAGACAGAGUUGGGGAUGAAAAAGAGAGGGAGGAAUGGAUAGAAUAGAGAUAGAAAGAAAGAUAGGUAAAUAGAUAGAUAGAUAGAUAGACAAUAGAUAGACAGAAAGAUUAAGAGGUAAGUGAGAGAGAGAGAAAGAGAGGUUUGAGAGAGAUAUAUGAUCAAUAGUAUGAGAGACUUUAUUAUGGUAAGAAAAAUUGAAUUAUUGUGGAAUAAAAAUGUUGAUUUUUAAUGUACAUUCAUAAUUUUGUACAUAAUAAUGAGAUGAAUAUGCAUUUUUUUUCUGUACUAGGCUUUCUGGUGUGAAAAAUUAAUUUCAAAGUAACCGUAGGAUGAAAAUGUAUACAGACUUUAAUGGAUAGCUGAGUGAAAAUUUUGUAAAAGAUAAAAAGUGAAAGAGGAACAGACUGAUUCCUUGCAAAGUAAUUUCUUUGUAUUUGAGAUUAGAUGCAUGAUGCAUCUAAAUGCAUCUAAGCCCCAUGCAUGCACCUUUUUAAAAGAAUUUUGACCUUUGUUGCUGCAAAAGACAUGUUCUGACAUUCAUUUGAUAUGUGUGAGUUAACAAUUAUUAUCAUUACUUUUAUAAACUCGUAUGUUUGAUUCUGAAAUAACUUCUUUUCAAGAAAGAUUUUGAGUACAUAUAUCUUGAGUAUAUCUUGUGACAAUAUUUAGCUCUUUAAUGCAUUUUGAAUUGCAGAAAGCUCAGUGCAUUUGUUUUGACUGUUAGGUGUUUCUUUUGUCCUUUUAAGUUUUAGAUUAGUUUUAUUUAUUUAGUUUUUGGCUGACUCUUUGAAAGACUUGUGCUUUUUCUGCAGCUGCACUCUCCUUUACUUAAAAAAGUUAUGUUUUUGUUGUAGAACUUGUACUUAAUUUUUAACCAGGUAUUUUUAAGAGUCCUUAUUUAUAUUUGUCCCACUUCCCUCAAGGUGAUUAUUCAGAUUUGGUUGAGGAUGGUUGAUGUUUAUAGUUGUUAAAAACAACAAGAGGACUGAUGUUUUGAAGUCUUCUCCGAUGGACCGAAAAAUGAGGGUUGAUGCCUUACCAAGAGGGUCUUCUCUUACGAGGCCCUACUCCAUCAACUGAGCUAUUUUAUCUUCAAGUUUUAAAUUUAAGUUGAUUUUCUUUUUUCUUCUUUUGCUUUAUCAUGUGAACUUGAUUUCCUCUUGUUCAAAGCAUUACUUUUACUAUGCUGUCAAGAGUCUUGCUUAAUCUAUCCACCCUCGUGUAUACUAAGCAUCGCGCAUUCAUUAAAAAAGCACAAAACAUGUUUAUACAAUGUUUGUUUCUGGACUGAAAAUAGCUGAAAUAGAAAACUUGUGACACAGUUCUUAAAUGUUCAUUGUAAAAGUGACUUGUAGAAUCACUGUAUAUUACACAGUGAAUAAAGAUAUGUAGUACCAACGUGACUGCGUCCAUUUUUUUUAGGGGGGGGGUGGCAUUUUAUCAGUUUUACUUCAUAUUUUAGAGGAGCAUGUUGGAAAAUGCCCACAGCUGAGCUCAAAUUUGGUAGGAAUCAGUUCAAUAGGGGCCAAGAUAUGACCACAUGAAUGAAUACCUAAUAAGCCAAAUUUAAGUCAAUGUAUUAGCCUGGCUCUAAAUGUCCCGGAGAACCAAUUUCUGGCAAAUAUGGGCUUUGGAUAUUUUCAUCAUGUUCUGCUGACAUGAUAAUAAAAACAAUAAAAUGCGAAAUCUUAGUUUGUUUUACGACAUCACACUUCAUUCUAUUUUUUAUAUUUUAAAUGAUGAUUUAGGUCAUUGGCAUUCUUAUCCUGUAUAAGUUAUGAAGUAAGAUGCAGCAUAAAUUUUCGUGAUAACCAUUAUUGUCAGUUAACUUUCAGUUGGAUUUGAGUUUCAAAUGUCAAAUUCUUGCUUUUUUUCUCUUUUUUUAUUUUAUCAAAGAAAGUAGUGGUAAGACAAAUAAUUUAAACUAGGUUUAACUGAUGUAAAUGAAGUAAUUGUAUAUAAAGAUUGCGAUAAAUAAUUAAUUGUGCAGUGUUGUGAAGGAGCGCACAGGGUAUAUGGAGGAGGAUAUAUACAGAGCUGUACUCUAAAUAUUUAUCAUGUAAAUAUAGAAGGUAAAUCAAAUGUCUCUUUCUUGCUAUUGCAUGAGUAGUGUGUAUGCUGUGCAGGGGAGAUGGGUAGUCAAUUAUGAUGCCUUAAUUAAUAUUUGAAAGUGUAGAAUUGGGUUUGAGUAUACACAAACCUUCUUCUUACGUCUACAUAUGAUCAGAGAAACAAACACAUCAAGUAAUUCGAUGAAUUGAGCAAUGAAUCCUAAGCAUAUUUUUGAAAAUUUUGGACAAUGAAGUCAUUGGUCUUUAAAAAUGUUGAACAGAUGACAUAUUUGUUUUAUGCUAUUUGUUGGUCCGUCCUUAUCAUGGCAGCAUUAGCUGCUCUAGAUGUUCAAUUUCGAGUACGUUGGAAAUCAUGAAGUACUAUUUGAUAGAUAAUGAUGGAGAACAUUCUCUUUAUUUUCUAAGGUGUGCUUUAAAAAAAAAGUAGGAUUCCCUACACUUGCAGGCUGUUACAAACCUUGAAAAAGGGGGGGAUAAUCCUCAAUUUUUGACAAAAUAUAUAUCCUCUUUAAAAAGUAGGUACUGCUGUGUUGUUUUGGUUGUAAAAUUUGGAAGCAGGUGAUUUCACUGCCAUUUCUACCUUCCGUGAUUUUCAGGGAUUCGUUUUGUUAUCAUAAACAUUUCAAUCCCAUCAUGCACUUGGUGAUGCAUAUUUGGUACACGGGAUAUUCUUUUAUUUCCGUGAUUUGAUAUCUAAGAUCAUUGUUAGCAAUAGAGGGCGGUAUGCAUUAAUCAAAACUUGAUCACAAUGGCAGUGGUUUCUCAAGAUUUGAAUACCACCUUGAUUUCAUGUUAUGAAUUGCACUUAUCUGAGUUCAUGGAACAUCUACUCAUCUGAAGCAGAAAGAAUUUGAACAUCAAUUUUUUUUUGUCCAUAUAAACUCAGACGCUCGUGUCGUCAAUCUUUUUUCAAGUUAACCAGGGCCCGCUGGGAGAACAGCUUUGAAACUUGAAUGGCUACCCUUGGUAAAAUAUGACAUUAUUAUUAUAAAAAUGGACUAAUUAAAGGUAGUAUCAAUGUAAUUACCAUUGAUCAAAAUUUGUACUGCAUGGGAUCUAGGGGAUCAAUGAUAAGCUUACAUUAAAGGGAUGGACCAGGCUGGAGAUAUUUCUAUCUCAAUAAAUGGAGUAAAAUUCACAGAGCAAAAUGCUGAAAAUUUCAUCAAAAUCAGAUAACAAAUAACGAAGUUAUUGAAUUUUAAAGAUGUGCAUUAUUCCGGUGAAACAGUUCUAGGCAUGUCAUCAUGAAUAAUCAUUAGAUGGGCUGAUGUCAUAUCCCCACUUGUUUUGUAUUUUAUUAUAUGAAAUUAGGUUUAUUCAAAAUUUUUCUACCAAGAACUAAAACAAUUGGAUUGAAAACUGAUUAAGUGCAUUAGUUAUUUAUUGCCGCAACUUAUUUCAUCAUAUGGAGACACAUCAUUUACACAUGUAUGAAAAAAUGAAACAUUUAUGAUUUCAUGUAAUAACAUUUAAAAAAAAGAAGUGGAGAUGUGACAUCAUCAGCCCACCUAAUGAAUAUUCAUGGCGAUGUGCAUAUAACUGUUUUCCACAAAAAUAUUCAUAAACUUUAAAAUUCAAUAACUUCGUUAUUUGUUAUCCGAUUUUGAUGGAACUUUCAGCAUUUUGCUCUGUGAAUUUUACUCUAUUUAUUUAGAUAUAAAUAUAUAUAUUUUCAGACCGGACCAUCCCUUUAAGCUUUCAAUAAACCGUAUGGUAUCUUUUAGAUGGAUUCAUUGUAUCAAAUACACGAAAGAAUGCAAGUUUGUAAACAAAUGAUGAAUAAUGAUUUACUAGUUAUAUUAAUUGACAUAUGUGAUCUGAUUGAUCUUAAAUACAUAUUGCACAAAUACCAGAUA